AUGCUCGGAGUCGUUGGAUUUUUCAUAUACGGAAAAGAGAAUAUUCGCCUAUUCGAUUCAGUGAAUCCGCGAUAUGCGCAACAGCUGCUGGAAAUUGAGAUGUUUACGUUCUGCUCAUUGGAUAUUGUUGAUGAAAAAGCCACGAAGGCAUCGGAAAUGUUCCUGGGACAGCUCUACAAUGAUCAGAAGUGGAGAUCAUUCGGCUUUGUCACCAACACCGGCGUUCGCAUGAUCCUUGCACUCGAUGCCACGUCGGCUGCCUCGUUGAAAGAUCAGGAGAUUCGACUAAUCUUCAAACGAUUCCACGGUCACUACUGUAACACAAUCUCCAACCCAUUUUACGAGAUCGGAACGCCAAUGCAGUCCAAAUGGCUGGAUGAGGGAAUUCGGGAUUUGUAUUCGACGAGUGAUUAG